ACAGUGGCAUCGUAAAGACGGAUUUGGGUGCGAUGCUAGUUUCGACGAACCGUGUAGAUUCACGGACAACGCAGAAGAAUGGAAGAGCACGCGAACGAGGGCAAGAAGAGUCCUCUGGAUGACAUCAUAAACCACAUGACCGCAGAUUGGCAUACCUACGGCUUGCCCCCUGGAGGUGGUGGUGGUCCAGCACAGGCACCUGCUCCUCAUAGCUCUCAUGUGUGGACUAACUGGCACGCGCAAGGUCAAACUGCAGCCUCAAAUACAGGGCAAGUGCCUGGACAGGGGACUGGACCAACACGGCAGCCUCAACCUUACUUCAUGAUGGGUGGAGGAGAGCCUACCCUGCCAGUGUUCUUCCAAGCAGAUCAGCCACCCCCAGGCUAUCCAGUCGAUCCUCAAGCUGGAAAAGCCCAAGACUUUUUUAGUCCAACUUUACAGACAACAGCCCAACAGAGUGAUGGUAAUGAUUUAGGAGGAACAAUGGUUGACAUUGGUGGAGGAAACUUUGUUAAAGUGAGAUACAGUGGAGGGCAUGGAGGUACUGUCAACCCACAGUAUUUGCCUGUCAAUGCUGGCUCUACCGUUACAAAUGUGCUUCCACCAUCCUUGGAUAACAUCCUGCCACUUUCCAAUCAAAGUGAUUCAAGCCGCCAGCAUGCUCCUUUAGCCAACAACUAUGGCCUCUUCCGUGAAUUACAGCCUCAGCAGUUGCAAUCUAUGAUGAGGCCAACACAUCUUCAGCAUCGAACAGCAGAAAAUGAAUCUCCUCAGCACCAAUCACGAACCGGAUUACAACAUGGACCUCCAGGACUUCUUCAACCAUCACAAACUUUGUUCAAUGAGCAUCUUCAAAACCAGCAGUUUCAGCAACACAUAUUUUCUGUAACUCAGCCACAGCAAUAUCAGCAUGAAUUAAUGCAGAGAGUUCAGCGUCAGCAUCUUGAACAGCAACAGCAGCAAGCUAGACAACAACUUCAAGAACAACAACAACAAUGUCUAAAUCCCUCACAGCAGGAUGGAGCUCCAAACCUUGCUUCUAAAACAUCACAGAAUCAGGAUCAGCUCAUUCAGAACUUAGUUGGAAAUUGGACUGUUCCCAACCAGACUGGGCGCUACAACCCUUUUGGUUUGGCUUUGAAUGAAAGCAAUGAUUCUACACAUGAGAAUGUAAAAGAGGUUGAACCAGUCAAAAAGAAUGACAAAAGUGUCCGCAGAACACGCAUUAUAGCAGAGGUUCAUCCAAUGAGGCCCUCAUAUUCAGCUGUUUUGACAACACCAUCACCUGCUCCAUCACCCCUGAAACCAAAUAUGCCUGUAAGUCCAUCCAAUGGACAUGGGCAAAAUAAUAACAGCUCAGCCCUAAUAACAAAUUCUGUGAACAAAAUCAAUUCUGAUGCCUCUCGUCCUAAGAGCACAAGUAGUGGUAGUAGUGGGAAGGCUAAAAAUUCAUCUAAAAGUAAUGGUGUUGUGAGCCAGGGUGGGAAAUUGAAGAGGCAACACUCCAAUGGAAAUGAAGAAACUAACAAUCUUGGCAUCAAAACUGGACAUGCUGCCACUACUCCUAAGUCAUCUGGACUUUCUUCAUCUUCCAGUGCAGACUUAGAUGAAUCAAAUCUGGGAAAUUCAUCACCCUCAUCACUUUCACGUAGAUGGGUAUCUCUGGAUGACUUAGAAAAUGAAGAAAACAAUCCCGACACAGCGCAAGUAUUUGAGGAAGAAGAGAACCCAUCAGACAUUUCUCUAAAGGAGGGAAACGCCAGUGAUAAAAAGAGUGAGAAGUCUUCGACCCGAUCUGGUGCCCGCUCUGGUGUUAAACAGUCAUCUAGUUCAGUGUCUGAUGAAGGAUUCCUCAACAACCACAAGCCAUCUAGUGGAACUGCUGGUACUAAGAGUGGAAGCACCAUUGGGACUAAUUCAACCAAAAGACCUAUUCACAUUAACAACAAUCUUGGCACUAACCAUGGUUCACAUUGGGCUGGUCAGCAAACAGCAAGCCAAUCAAGUAAUUCUAGCAAGGGGGACAAACCAGUGAGAUCAAGCAAAAGUGGUCGUACAGGCUCUGAUGAAAGGAAAGGGGCUAAAAAUGAUGGGAAAACCUCUUCUGGAGGGAGUAGCAGUAGUGGAAUGUCAGGUCGUUCUGGGCGUGGUUCCAUGAGCAGUAUGGCUGAUAAAGCUGCUGUUCUUCAAGGCAAGAGAAAUCAGCGUGGCUCACGAAGAAAGGAUGGGGUAGCAGCUGCCACUUUGGUAUUUAGGAAGUAUGGUCAACUAGCUCUGACUGCAAUCAUAUGGUUUUUCCAUCUCUUGUCUGAUGUUGUCGGAAUGAGCUUGCGUCUUUCAUUACACCUGUGUUUGGUAUUCUGGGAGAAUUGGGUGAUUAGCACAGCUACCUGGCUACAGAAUUGCUUCUGGCGCAUUCCCCAAUUACUUCCAGAACGUAUUCUUCAUUCCCGUGUCUGGCGAUUCAUCUGCAAAUGCUUCGGGAAAAGUGACCCUGGCGAGCAAUCUCGUAAUAGCUCCAAAAAAAGUGGGCGUGGUGUUGAAGGCAGAGAUAGUGUAAUUCCAGGUGGCCUUUCUCACAACAUAUCUAUGCCUUCAACUGGGGAAGAGGCCAUGAAAAGACUUCUUGCGUGUAAGGGGAAGGAUCCGUACAGCAUUUUAGGGGUUACACCCACAUGUUCUGAUGACGAUGUUAAGAAAUACUACAAGCGACAAGCCUUUCUUGUCCAUCCUGACAAGAACAACCAGCCAGGGGCAGAAGAGGCUUUUAAAAUACUAGUUCAUGCUUUUGAACUGAUUGGAGAACCAGAGAAAAGAGCUGAAUAUGACCGUUAUGUAGCAGAAACUCAACAAGUGGAACAAGCCUGGAGUGAACUUAGCGAUUUGCUUUCUCAGUUACACCAGAAAAUGGAGUAUGCUGCAAACACUAUCAGGUGCACAAACUGUGGGAAAAGACAUAAACGAAUAGCUGUGCCUCGCAAACCCUUUGCUGCAAGAUUCUGUGCACAAUGCAAGAUAAAACAUUCAGCCAAGGAGGGCGACAUAUGGGCAGAAACAAUGGUGAUGGGUUUCCUAUGGCACUAUUAUGCUUGUAUGGAGGGUGCAGUAUAUGAUAUCACUGACUGGGCGUCUUGUCAGACAAAUAAUCUUCGCCACCUUAAACCCAACUCUCAUACUGUCCAGUAUCGCAUUGUUCUCGGCCGUCAGCGUCAACAAAAUCCUCGAACCCCCAGUGAGCCAGAUUUAGAAAAUUUUCUCAGUUCUCUAUACAAUCAAGCUGGUGGAGCAAGCAAAGGAGCCCCUGGCCCUAGCGAGAGUUCUGCAAGCUCUAAUGUUCCUAGCCGCCAAGAAACAGCUCGUAAUCGUAAUAAAAAAGGGAAGCGCAACAAGUAAAUUUCACCUUUAUUGAUAUUGAUGACUCCUGAAACAAUGAUUAAAUUUGUGAUGCUAAUAUCUACUAUUAAUCUUGAUAUUUAAGUGAAGUGUGAGUGAGCAGGGUCACUUAACUUAAUUGCAAGUGUGAAGUUAACUUCAGAGGUUUCACAGGUAUGUGUUUUGUUCUGAAAACAAAAAAAUCUAAGUGUACAUGCAUUCACAGUAAUUUCCUUUAGAUGCUGUAGUUCUGGUAGUAUGUUGAAUACGGUGAGGUAAUAUACAAUACCCGCAAUCUGAGGAGGCACUUUACCUUUCUCAUUUUUAAAAAAGUGUUAAGGUCUUCACAGAAUAUUUAUUUUUAAAUAUAUUUUCUUCAAUUCAAAUGACAAUGAGUACAACACGUACAACAAGCUUUGCUGUGCUUCAAUUAUCCUAUCUUAAGGUUCUAUAGAUUCAGCACAGUCCUGAGAUAACUGAAAUCAAGAAUUUAAUUUUGGGAGGCUUAUCAUUAUACUGAAAACUCAGUAGCACUGUAUUUUUGAUACCAUUCUUUGGAACCUCUUUUUCUCUUCAACUCAUUGUAACCUAUUGUAUAUUUAAAAGCAGAUAAGCAUAAACAGAACCACCCAUCUGAAUGAAGCUGGUAUAAAAUAUGGCUAAUGCCUGAGGCCUUCCUAUUUUUGCCCUUUUUUAGAUAGAAGGGUUUUGUCUGUUGUUUAAAAGUAAAUGAUCAUUUAUCGAAACUCACCCAUUUCAAUAAAUCCCAAUGGAGGAAAAUGCUACCUUGCAAUUGUACUCUAGUUCUGUGUACCUACCGCAUCUUCCCUUUUGCUUUCAAAUUGAUUAAAAAAAAAAAAAAAUUGGGGUGUACUAACCAGACCUUAUUUUUUACUCCUGGUGUUGAAACUUUAUGUCCUAAUUAAAAUUUCAUUCUAUCUAAGCUUGUGGUUAUUUUAGGUAAAGUAAGUUUUUGAUUUGAAAACGUACUAGGUGCUUCAAGGCAUUUCUGGAAUUAAGUUAAAUGACCUGGUGUGACGUAGUGUAUUAGUAAGUAACCUUUGUUUGUUUUUUAAGAGAAACAUCAAUCUUAUGUAAAAGCAUUUGUAAAGACUUAGUUAAGUUAAUGUGAUUGUAUUGAAAAAGACACAUAUGUUACUACUGACUGCAGUUUUAGGGAAUCCUCACUAGUUCCCCUUGCUAUCCCUAUUGGUUCCUUCUUUGUAUAAUUGUCAUUGUAGUCUUGCCCAGUUCUACAAUAAGCAGUGUUCAGUUUCUUUACAUCUGGUUUAAAAAAAGAAAACUUAUGACAACUGAUCUUGCCUCAUCAAACUGAUAGUUUUUAUUUUUGCCUAAUUCUAUUAUUUAAACUUACUCUUCAAUUGAUCACCCACAAGCUCUAUUUUCUGUUUGACUAGUUUCUUAAUGGCUGGAAAACUUCACAAUAUUGAUUGUCACGACAAAAUGGUAUUCAAGAAAUAAAGAAAUUUAGUCAUUUCUGA